AUGGCGGUACAAGCCAUCCACAACGAUCGAUCGCUCUCUAGAACACCUCCCGCCUCUGAACAAGACUCUGAGCCAUCUCCACCGACGUCUUUCUCCUCAGAUAAGGAAAACCACAGCGCGCGCGCACUCCAAGUGAAGAAGCGGAAGUCCGGUGGCCUGGCAGCCCCUCCAAUGCCUAGCGCAGCAAACAAAAAGAGGCGCGUAUCUGAGCAGGUGCCUGAACAAUCACAGUCUACCCAUCAGCGCAGACUACAGCAGGUCGUAGACACAGAUUUCUAUGAUCCAGAUCAAGAUCCUGAGGAAAGGCGGGCGGUCCGAAAGGAGCUGAGAGACCUUGCUUUGAACUUAAACGAUUCUCGAAGUGAGUUUAUUCAGGUAGAAUCAAACGGUCUUUUGGAAACAGUUGAGAAGGCAAACGAUCUUUUCAAGAAGGUCAAACAAACAUCCGAUGCGACUAUUGACUCUCGCCUCCUUGUUACGGCCGCGGACCUUUCCUACAAACGAACCGCACAAGCAUGCCUAGGAAACAAUGUAGCAGGUAUUGAUGUGGAUGAGUUUGUUUCAAAAUGUAUAUCCUUUAUGCGAAGGGAAACAUCGUCCGCUUUACCUACGCCCACGCAGAGCAACCGCCGUAGUUCAGGCCACCCGUCACAGCGCGCAGCUGCUGACAGUGACGAUGAGGAAGAGCCUUACAACUGGGACUACCUUGGACGCCAUGCCUGUUUCCCAUAUAACCUCAAACCGUCCAUUUCUGGCUUCCUCCUCGGGCCGCUAUCUGUACAAAAACGGGUUCGUCAAUUGACCCAGCGACGAGCACGAGAACGAAUAGAUCCAUCCCAGCUUGUGCGGCCGAACGAUCUUAAGGCUAGUGACUUGGGGAAACAAGAAGAGGCGACUUUAACGACUAUGUGUACGGACAUACGAGCGAAGCUAGUUGAGAUACAGCUCCAGAGAGAAUCGCUGGCUCGCGAAGAGUUGUCGAAGAUGGAAGACGCUACCGAAACCGAAGCCAUCGCAGUUAUGGGUAAACAUGGAAUAUCUGAUAAUGGCGGGAUCCCCCUGUUCCAGUUCUGCAUCAACCCACGAUCAUUCGGCCAGUCCGUCGAGAAUAUGUUUUAUGUUAGCUUCCUAGUCCGCGAUGGAAGUAUAGGAGUCUCGAUGGACGGAAACAACCUACCAACAUUACUCCCGUCACAGCCACUUCGUCCAUCCGAGGCUCGAGAACAAGGUAUUAAAAAACAUCAAGCUGUCUUCGGUCUAGACUUCGACACCUGGGCUCAAUUGAUAGAAACAUUCGAUAUAAAGGACCCGUUAAUCCCGCACCGGAAUGAUGAGGCUCAUCAGGCUCCAUCCACUGGCAAAUGGCAUACAUAA